AUGGCGGCAUUAAACGCAACGGGGAUGCAUGAAGGCUUCAUUCUGGUCUACAGUCUGGUGAACCAGCAGAGCUUCCAGGACAUCAAGCCCAUGAGAGACCAGAUCAUCCGAGUCAAGAGGUAUGAGAAGGUCCCUGUGAUCCUGGUGGGGAAUAAGGUGGAUCUGGAGGGCGAGCGAGAGGUGUCUGUGAGGGAGGGACAGGCGCUGGCCGAGGAGUGGGGCUGUCCAUUCAUCGAGACGUCUGCCAAGAGCAAGACCAUGGUGGAUGAACUCUUUGCCGAGAUCGUACGGCAGAUGGACUAUGCGGCACAGCCAGAUAAAGAUGAUCCGUGCUGCUCCUCCUGCAAUAUACAAUAACCCCCCAACACACACACACACACACACACACUCAGAGAACUCACAUUACAGUAGCUUUAAUAGACCUUCUAGUGUCCACGGUUUUCCAUCAUGCUGUAUCUGCAGACUGACAGUAACUCUGAGCAUUUUUUUUUUUUUCUUGUCACUUUAAAUCCUGACUGACUCAACCACAGGAAGAGCACUUGCCUUAGGUUUCACGUUUCCUGUUUGAGCAGGAUCCUGCAGUGGCAAUGAGUUGGACAUUUACGUUCUUGGUCUUAUGGUAUUGAUGACUUUAUCUGAAUUUGUCACCAGGUCAGAGAGCGAGAGAGAGAAAAUAAGAGGGUUCUUAGCCAUAUGCUUGAUAUAGCCAUAUAAUCAUUUAAUGAAGAGUUUAUAAAUGCCCAUUUAUUUGGGAAUAAAUCCCUCAAAAUCUUCAUUUUCUCAUCAAUUUCUUUUCUGACACAUAUAGAGGUAGAAAAACAGUCAGGUGACUGACAGCUUUGUUCCAAAACCUAGUUAACUGCCUAACUAGACAGAAUUAAAGCCCAAACUAAGUUCCUUAUGCAUUCCCAGAAUGCAUUGCGGUGAGCUCUAUGAAAAAUGCAUCCAAGAUGGUGGACGAGAUUCUAAAUAUUCUUGGAUUUCAUUUCACUCAUAUUUUGCUGAAAAUAGUAAAAUCUCUUUUUUGUAAUAUGUGCGUGUUGUAUGCAUUCGUAUGCAUUGCACACACAUGUAGCGUAUCAUGCUGUUAGCUUAGCGACAUGCUAAUGUCAAACUCUCCAAAUCCAAGUGUAUGCACUUCACAUAAGCAGCAGUGUUUGUGUGAUGCACAGUAGGGCUGAACGAUUCAUCAAAAUGAACUCAGAAUCGUGAUAUGGUUUUGUGCAGUUGUCAAAUCACAAAGGCUGCAGUUUAAUUACAUAAAUAUACAUUGCACAUUUCAGAGUGAAGUUAUGAUGAGUGUUUUUAGUCGCUUAUAAAACAUUUAUGAACCUGCUCCAGUCAACAAAGGAGAAGCUUUAAAGUCAGCAUGAAAUGGAAGUUCUGACCAUCUUUGUUACUUCUCAAACAAGAAAAAAGUUUGGGCGGGGCUUGAUUAUGUUCUUUGGGAAUUGAUUGGAUCGUUGUCGUUUGCUAAUUGCUGCAGUCGCUUGCGAUUGACAGGUUGCUUUAAAUUAAAUAAAAAAAGUAAUCCUGCAGACAGGUAAAUCAUAAAAUAAACACUGCAGUAUACCAUAAAAAUUAAGAUUUGUCCCUUUUGAUUUAAGGGGCUCUCUGCAGUUUUCCACCAAAGUAAAAGUUUGAUGGGUUAAUGUUUGAUAAUGGUUUAUUAUUUUAUUUAAUUUUAUUUUACAGUAAACCAUAUGGAUAUGGAAGCCCGUU